AUGUCUCUCGUAUCGGGCGAGAAGAGCAACUUCAACCACAUUCUGCGUCUGCUCAACACCAACGUUGACGGCAAGCAGAAGGUCGUCUACUCCUUGACUAAGAUCAAGGGUGUUGGUCGUCGUUACUCCAACCUUGUGUGCAAGAAGGCCGAUGUCGACCUGAACAAGCGGGCCGGUGAGCUCACCUCCGAGGAGCUUGAGCGCCUGGUCACUAUCAUCCAGAACCCCACCGCCUACAAGAUCCCCUCGUGGUUCCUCAACAGGCAGCGCGACAUUGUCGAUGGCAAGGACUCGCAGAUUCUUGCCAACGGUGUCGACUCCAAGCUCCGUGAUGAUCUCGAGCGCUUGAAGAAGAUCCGUGCCCACCGUGGUCUCCGUCACUACUGGGGCCUCCGUGUGCGUGGCCAGCACACCAAGACGACCGGCCGCCGCGGCCGGACCGUCGGUGUGUCCAAGAAGAAGGGUGGUUAA